CAUCUUACUGUAUUCGUAUGAACGUCGGAAAGCCUUGUUCAGUGCAGAUUGACCAAGAUUCAAGACAACGCGAGUGUUCCAAUGCAGACAAGGGCCCGAUGAUAUGCAUGCAUCAUCGCUACCUCAUGGCACUAAAGUCGAAAUUCGCAGUGGGUCUUUCUCUGUUGGCGCUUGACAGAUGUAACUCUGCCCCAAAAAAGGUCUUAAAAUCCGCUUUUCAGGGUAGUGAUAUUGUGCUAUUGUAGUGCUAAACAGCUAGGAAAGGUAGUAAAGGUGUUGCUUGGUGGAAUGGAAGUAUACCUCUUAAGCGAUAAAGUAUCUGGAUUGGCUGACAGUCCACCCCUGCUUAGAAUGUACCGGUGGUAUCUGGAUCUUGGCAGCCCUGAAGAUCGCUUUGUUCUUC